AUGUUGGAAAGCGAUAAGCGAUUUUGCCCGCCCAAUGGACGCGCAGGGUUGGAUAAGAAUCAAAAGUUCAUCAUUACGAGAGUCCAACGAGACUCUGAGGCCGAUGAGAACGCUUUCAAAGAAGGGGUAGCCGCCUAUUUGAGGAAUCUUCAUCUUUUCGGUCAAUGGGGCAACCCUAGGUAUACUGCUGGAAAGGCUAUCAUUCCCUGCACGGACCUAUUCGUGCAGAAAGUUAACACACCAAGCGCCAAGGAAGAGCUGUCAAGAGCCCUCUGUUGCCAAAUCGACUUUUCCGUUCAGCGAAUUACUAAGUUAGAGUUUCUACCAGAAGUCCGUGAACAACUAGAGCGAUUCUUUGAAGCAAAGACCUGGUCUGACACUGCAAGCAACAAAAAGUGCCUGAAUCUAUCGUCCAUUGUGGAAUCCUACAAGCAAUGGAUGAAUAUACAGCAGAAGUGCUCUAAUGGCGAAGAACCACGAGACUCAUUCACAGAUGCCCAAGAACCUGAGCUAUCCUUUGACAACAUGCGUUUGGUGAACGUGCUUACCGACUACUUAAGGGAGAAUGAAAUAAAUGUACUAAUACUGUCCAACAAUAACCUGACCGAUUUGAAACGCCUAACUUGCCCGACUGGAUUGAAGAAUGCAACAACCUUGACAAAGCUGGUGCUCACAAGUAACAAUAUUACCUCUUUGGAAGCACUGAAAUGCCUCACAUACAUUAAGCAGUUGGAAACUAUUGUAUUAACAGACAAUCCUGUCGUCAAUGAUCCUGAUUUCGUAAGCACACGAGAUGCUCUCAAGCUCACUUGCGUCACCCAGCCCCCGCUUCCCCAGCACUUGCCAGACGCCAAGAGCUACAGGUCCUUUAAAUAUCUACAUGACAACAUAUGCAUGGCUAUUACGAACGGCGAUACAGACAUGCUUGCUGCUCCCUACACCCUGGGUUUAGAUGGCUUUGGAUUUCAGCCCCCUGCGGUCUCCAUCAUUUACCACGUAGUAGACAUGGGCGACAGGCGUGUUCCUAUUCACUGUGCUGCGAACAAAUAUCUGCAAACAAUCCACAGAUUGCUUGAGGAUAGGGUGUUAUUUAUAGAUGGUAGGGCUAAUAUUCUUGGCACCUCUACCAGUGUCAUCCACAACCCCUACUACACUAUUGAAGCCAGCAGGGUCCUACCUAACCUGGUGCGUACAACUUACAUCUGUACGGGCAAUGCGACCCUUCGCAAGCGUAAGCCCAGUGCAGAGACCAAAGAAAUUCUGUUAUCGUAUGUCAGAACCCUCACCCUGAUUACUCCCUGUGUCUGGGACGGAUCCCUGAAGACGACCUUUGAGAAGAAUAACACUAAAGACUUUACUGGUAGAAUUAUUGCCGAUGUGGCGCAGUUCAAGCUGUCUGAGGGCAUGUGA